UUAUGUUCAUUACUUUGUGUUUUUAUGUGUUGUUGCCUUUGUGUUUGUGUGACUUUAGAGAGCUUUUUUCGCUUGUGCCGCAGCGGGCAGAACAGUCACCAGCAUUUGUACGUACAGAUACGACGCCCGUUUAUAUUUGCGCGGAUUCUUUUUGCGAAUUAACAAACGCGCAAGUGGAUUUCCAACAACUUAUCUCCGAUAAAGGCGUAAACAAAAACAACGACAAUAAAAGCAAAAGAAAAAUAGUAAGAAAAAAAUAAAAAUUGAAAAAAAAAACAAGCGCCCUGCGUUCACAGUGGGCCGGCCGGUGUGGCUAGUUGGUAUACGCGUUCGAAUGGCAGCCGCAGCAGUGCUAGUGACAGUUGUUGGGACGGCUUGAACACACCAAGCAAAUAGCGAGCUGCGUAUGAAUUUUGCGAAAAGCUAGUGAUCGUAAUCUAACGCGUGAAAGUAACUAAAGUUAAAAAAAAAAUCAAAAUUUUAAAAACCGAUUUGCAAAAUACGAAUUUUAUUAACAAUAAUCCCAAUAAGUAUGUGUUUGCUUCAGCUGAUUGCGCGUGGUCAUUGGAAAUCAUCAACAAAUCGCCUGUAAAGAUCCUGUGUCGAUAAGCCAACACACAAUAGGUAUUCACACGCAUCAAGCCACUACGCUUAUGGGAAGAAGGCGCCACGCUGCGCACCACAAUUCAACUACCUGUCAACGGUUUGGCACUUUUUGUCGGAUUAACAGACGGACAGGCACACAACAGCGGCACUAAAAGGCAAUAAGCGAGGUCCCACAAAGCACAAUAGGGAUUUUUUAAUUUAUAAAAGAAAAUUAUUAUUCAAGUAACACAAUAAGGCAGUACUCCCAGUUCACUUGCAAAAAUUACGAAAAGGACAAUAAAAAAUUAAAAUUCGCAAUCGGAAGCGUUUCUUGUGUUGCAUUGUUAAAAGUUGUAGUAGAAAAGAAACACCAUUUGCAUUGUGCUAUUGAGCGACGGCGUUGCAAGCAGUGGAUCUUAAAUUAGACGGAUUAUUGUGAAAGAGGAAAUGGAACGUGUAAAAAAUUUGUGUAAUAAGUAAAAAAAAUAUUCAAGAAAAACACAUGUCACAGUCCAAAAAUUUUUUUUUAACAAUUAGAUAUAUAGUUGUGUAAAAACAUAUAAAUAUUCAAAUCAGCACAAAUACUGGCAAAGAAAGUUUUAGAUAACACGCAUAAGCAAACUCAAGCGAACCUUCAGUACAUUAGUUAAAGUAAAGUGAUAAUGUGAAAAAUUUUGAAUUUUGCAAAUACUAAAAGAAAGCAAAAGUCAGAAUUCCGUUGUAAGUGAAAAGUAUGAUUGAUGAUUGUUACGCCAGCGUGUUGCUUUAUCACUCAUGACAUGUGACAACUUCCUCAAUUCUCUCACAAAAUAAAAAUAAAUAACAAAAACGAUUGAUUUCGGUCCCCUCAAAGCAUUCACGUAAUAAUCCUCCGCAAUUGUAGUGCAACUCAAACAAAUUUGUCAUAAUAAAUUCUGCAUUUCAGUGUUUGUUUCAAAGCGGCAAUAUUAAAUAACAGCUAAAUAAUCAAACAAAAACAAUUGUCAACGAUUAUCGCUGCAGUGAGCAGAACGUAACUAAAAUGUUAACGGACAUGACACCGACGGCCGGACAGUUGUACGGCUCACAAAUACCCGCCAUGGGCAUGAAUAUCGGUAAUAUCGCCACGCAUCUGCAAAAGCCGCAGGUUAAUCCGGAUCAUCCUAGUCUGCGUGGCACACCGCUAGCAAUGUUGGCUGCACAGUGCAAUAAAUUGUCUAGCAAAUCUCCACCGCCUCUUGCCGAUGCAGCUGUGGGAAAAGGUUUCCAUCCCUGGAAGAAAAGUCCCACUUCACCGUCGAGUAGUACUGCUGGAGGGCAGCAUUCACCAUGUACCAUCUCUUCCGCUUCGUCAUCAUCGGGUUCGGGUUCGUCGAGUAGUAAUUUGGGUUUAAGCGGCGUCUCAUCGGCUGCCUCCUCACGCAGUUUGCCGUCGUCCAGCAUCAAUACAAUGGUCAACAUCACCGCUAGCAUUUAUCCUUACAGUCGCCCAAUUCCUUCAUCAUGUGCUGCUGUUAGCAACCCCUCAGCUUAUGGUAGCGAUCUCUACUUUCCGAAUACGAGCAGCCCGAGUGGCAGCAUGGUCUCUGACAAUCACCACAUGCAUCAGGGUUUGUUGGGCAAAGUGGAGGGCGCUACAUUCGGCUCCGUAUAUUCACGUCAUCCAUAUGAUUGGCCCUUUAAUGCGGUUACCGCAUCAGCGCAUAAAGCGGCCGAGGCAGCAAGCGUUAACUCCGGUUGGUGGGAUAUGCACAGUGCUGCUGGCAGUUGGCUAGAUAUGGGUGGCGCUGGUAUGCAUUCAACCAUGGCCAACUACGCCACAGCCGCCGGCUCAGACUAUUCUUCGGCGCUGUCGCAUUCGCUUUCAAAUACGGCACAUCUGUUAGGCUCUGGCCAACAUCUACUACAAGACACAUACAAGAGUAUGUUGCCUGGCCAAGGUGUGGGUGGUUUCUCGCUGCCACAUAGUUCACCGUCGGCCGCUUCCACUGCGGCCUCGCCGCAAGCAUCAACGCCUUCAACACCAUCACCACGUUCACAGAGACGUUAUGCAGGCCGCGCCACUUGCGAUUGUCCGAAUUGCCAGGAAGCUGAACGAUUGGGUCCAGCUGGCGUGCACUUGCGCAAGAAGAAUAUACACUCGUGCCACAUACCUGGGUGUGGCAAAGUGUACGGCAAGACUUCGCAUUUGAAAGCGCAUUUGCGUUGGCACACUGGUGAGCGACCGUUUGUUUGUAAUUGGCUUUUCUGUGGCAAACGUUUUACACGAUCCGAUGAACUACAACGUCAUCUGCGCACGCACACCGGUGAGAAGCGGUUCGCUUGCCCCAUCUGCAACAAACGCUUUAUGCGCAGCGAUCACCUGGCUAAGCAUGUAAAGACACACAACGCUACCGGUCAAGGUGGUAGCAUGAAGAAGGGUUCAUCGGAGUCAUGCAGCGAUUCGGAGGAGCCUGGCAACCAAUCUGGCGAAUCAAAUGGUCUAAGCGGUAGCAACGGACAUCAAACUGGUAAUGGUAGUCAUCCUGGCACACCCAAUUCGCAUCAGUCAGGCGGCGGUGGCAAUACCACACCAACUGGUGGACUAUUGGCCGGCGGCUUGCAUCUGUCAUCACCGCACAAUAUGUCUGGCGGUUCACCAGUAAUGCUGCACGCUCAGCAACAACAUCAUCAACAGCAGCAGCAACAAGCGCAAGCCCAGGCACAGGCGCAAGCGCAGGCACAAGCGCAAGCGCAGUUGCAACAUCAUCAACAACAGCAACAUGCGCAUGCUCACUUGCAUCAUCACCACCAUCAUCAUUUGGUUGGCAAUUCGGCGCCCAGCCCCGGACUAGAUCAUCACAGCACUUUGGUGGAUAUUAAACCACCAAUGGUCUGAGGGUCAUUGGGACCCUUUCUGUUCACCAAUUGAGGUGGCGCUCGGAAUGGGUCCAACGGUCUACUAAUGCGACAACUAAUGUGUGUAGUGAGGGGGACAUAAAAAACGAAUGAUGGCCUAAUUUGCGUAGGAAGGAGGAGGUUAAGUGAGGGUUAAGCCGAAACAUUUUGGUAUACAAACUCUAUUGUAAAUAAUGCUUGUAACAAUGUGUUGUUAAAAAUAUCGUACAUAGUCAAACAAUCAAAAAUGCUAAACUCUAUGUACAACUAAACAAAAAAAAAUAUCGAAAUGCUUAUCGUUUCAAAUAUGAAGUGGGAGGAAAUUUUGUAAAUAGCUGCGAAAUAUAUUGAAGAACCAAUGUUGUAAACAUUAAGAAUAUAAAUUGUUUAAAAAUUUUAUAAAAAAAGCGACACCACAAAUAUUCAAAAUGAAAAACCAAACAAGAAAGAAAUCUUUCAUCAAAAAUUAAUUAAACGUAUUAAUUUCGAAAAAAUAUCACUUGUUGCAACGGGUAAUGCAUAGAAAAAAAUUUCUAGUCCAAUUGAUAGAAAAUAAACAUUUAAGUGUUGCAUUAACUCAGCUAGAAUGUGCUUACGAAAACGCUAAGCCUAUAACCUUUAAGCAUAUGAGUCACCCUUUAUUUGGAAUUUGCGUCUGCUCCUUUCGAUCAUAUGUACGAGUGUUAAGGAAAUUUUAAAUAAAAUAAAAUCACAGUUAAAAGUCAAAUUAUAAUUUAGCGAUGGGCUCUAUUUGCUAAACUAAUCAAAUAAAUAUCUCGCUAUACCCUAUUUAUAAGCAAAAAAAAAAGCAAAAAACAUAAACAAAUAACAUACUUGUAGAAGAAAUACACUGCACAUAAAUACAAAGGAAAAUAUUAGUGCAUAGCUAGUUUUUGAAUAAAACUAAAAGUAAAGAAACUUAAGAAAAUAAAUUUAAUAAAUAUUGUUGAUUUUUAGCUAAAAACUUAAAUAUAUAAAUAACGUAAAUUUUAUGUAAUGACAAAGUGCAACUGCAACUAAACAAAUAUUAAAUAUAUUUAACAUGUAAAUUUAAAAACUCUAGCUUGCUUAGUUUAAAUACCAAAAUACUACUUUCUAAUUAUAUGGCAUUCGAAACUAAAAAAAAGUUAAUUUUAUGAAGAUGAAAUAUGGUGAAUGAGCAGUCAAGUGGUACAGCUUUGUAAUAUUAAAAGUAUUCGUUGAUUUUGGCGUUAGGUUUUGCAUAGAAGGAUUCAUUAGUCCUCCUACCUACUCUGUACACCACUACGAUGCUUUCGGUGUUGCAAAGUUGCAUGAGAUGUUUGUAAAAUACUUUUAACUAUUGCAAAAAAUAUUAAUAUUAUUAUGAUUAUUACAAAUAAAUGUGCGCAUCGACAUUUUAAGUAA